GUUUUACAGAAACAAAGCCCAUCUCAUCAUGUCUGGAAGAGGCAAAGGCGGUAAAGGACUCGGGAAAGGAGGCGCUAAGCGUCACCGUAAGGUGCUGCGCGAUAACAUCCAGGGAAUCACCAAACCCGCCAUUCGUCGUCUAGCUCGCCGCGGCGGAGUCAAGCGCAUCUCCGGUCUGAUCUACGAGGAGACCCGCGGUGUGCUGAAGGUGUUCCUGGAGAAUGUGAUCCGCGACGCCGUCACCUACACCGAGCACGCCAAGAGAAAGACCGUCACCGCCAUGGACGUUGUGUACGCGCUCAAACGACAGGGACGCACCUUGUACGGCUUCGGAGGAUAAACCACUUCAGAUCCGAGAACAAACCCAACGGCUCUUUUAAGAGCCAC